AUGACUGACCUGAAUGAUAUUCCGACAGCUAUGUCUACAUCGGCUUUGGAAACCAAGCUGAAAGGGUUGAAGGGAAAGGCGAAAGAACACAGUCAGAUUUUGACAGCCAAGUUAGCGACGUCGCAAUCGGGCCAAAAUUUACUGCAUAUCGGCACAAGCUUGUCAUCAUUGCCUCCCGAUCUUCACACUUUGUUGACCCAAUUACAUCCUGUCCUAUCCUCGGCCGAGACAACCGAAAAGCAAUACCUACAACACUUGGAGAAAUUUGUCAAUUGUGGAAUGGAGAUUCGAAAGGAAGAACGACGUGUGCACAAUGCCAAGGAAUGUGCUAGUCUGUAUCAAGAUCUAGUGGCUGCUGAAAGAGUUGUGAAGAAGGAUGCAGCAGAUCGACGAGACGAGGGAUUUUCAAGAAGCGACACUGUAGCAGAAAAAGUAGACAGAGUUUCAUCGCUGGAAAGGUGUGCACACACCACUCUUUGCCUCAUUCAGGACCUGCAAUCGAGCACGGACACGAUUUCGGCCAUGACAGCUAGCAAAGUCACACAGACCGACUCAAAGAACGCGUUGCCAUCCAUGAGGCUGGCCCUAGGAGAGGAUUCGGAGCGGGCUCAAUUCAUCAUGAAGCUUUCCCCUCGAAUUCGACGAUUGGAAUCUGACACGAUCAUUUCCCUUUCCUACCGCCUAGAAGAAACCCUCAAGAGUUUGCAACAUCGUAGAGAAGGAAGACUUGCGUCUGAAGAUGCUGAGAAAGUGCCUGAAGAAGAAGAUCUGUUAUUGCUCCUUGGCCACUGCAUGAGAGGCCUGGCACUUCUGGGACGAGGGAAAGAGGUGGAGAGUAUCUUUGCACGUGUUGCAAUCAUGCCGCUGAUUCGAUCGAAGGUAUCCAUGGGAAGCCUCGACGAGGGUGGCCCCCGAGGCGAAUGUGCUGGUCUUGCUCCACUCUUGAAUGAUAUGAUUACCACUAUUGCUCAAGCAUUUGGCCCAGCCUUACAACUGGCAGAUGUUAUGUUCGAUGUAGGUUCCAAGAUGGAAGUUGAUCUUGUCACUGCUGGAGUCUGGGCACCAAUUGCCACUGCACUAAUGGCUGAUGCGGGAAUCAAGAUGGCUAUCUUUUCGCCUGGAAUUGCUAGCAUUUUGCAAGCAAACUACAUGGCAUUGGAUACCUUUCUUUCGGAGCUCGCACAACGGCUCUUGCAACAAUCUGGCGAGACUGAAAUACCUGCUUCGGGAUCCAUGGAAAAUCUAUACUACCAUGCAAUAACUUCACCUGAAACAAUCCAAAGAGCACAGAAUCGCAUUUAUUCACACCCCAAGACUGCCGAGUUUGCCAAGAAGUGGAAUCUUCCGAUCUACUACCAGUUGAGAUUUGGAGAAUGCUGUAAUCGUAUCAACCGAGCGAUUGAACAGACAAAGGAUGGUGGAUGGACCACUGAGGUGUUCACUGGAGCACCUGAAGAUGCGAAUACCAUGAAGAACGAAGUCGGAUUUGAAUUGUCGUUCUUCUUGGAGCUUUAUGAAGUUCUAUUGUCACUAUGGAAAUCAGAAGUGUUCUUGCGACCUCUCACGAACCGAUUUUUGCGUGGUGCUGUGCAAUUGGUUGGACGUAAUAUUGCCUUUAUCGAAGACGGCCUUACCGGGAAGAUAAAGUUUGGUGUUGAGAAGGAGCCGGAGCCAAAAGAGAAUGGAGGUCAAGAAGGGAGCAACGGUAUGAUGGCACCCCCGAAACCCGCUCCAUACUGCUGGGCGGAAAGUGUUAAUGAUGUCGCUGCAGUAGCAUGGGAAUUGGCAAUCCUGGAGACAACUCUCGGGUAUGACUACGUGUCUGUUGUCUCACAGACUCUUGCAAGCGGUGAUGCAACUUCUGCCGAGAAGGCUGAGCUUCGAACGCUUGUCUUGGAAGUGUUGAAGGAUGCAUCUAGGCAGAUUCGCCCUCUUGUGGAGAAGAUGUGGAAUAAAGUGAUUGUGGAACUUAUUACCGAAAAAUGCUCGGGCCCACUUGCGGCAGUCAAGGGAGUUGCUGCCACUUAUAGAAUGACCAACCGACCCCCACCAACUCAGGCUUCUCCUUUUGUUAGUACUAUCUUACGUCCAUUCAAGGAGUUUUCCAAUGAAUUCUCUCAACGAAAACCAGACCACAUUGGUGAUGGAUGGAAGCUUGAAAUCAUUUCAGUGGUGACGGAUCGAUACAGUGCUGCGGUCGAGGAGCUUUUGACAACGGUUGCUCGAACUGAAGUUACAUUGCAAAACAGGAGAGUACGACGUGCUACUUCUGGAGGCAUUAGUGAUGGAGACAAGGUCAAAUUGCAAGUCUAUUUGGAUUGCGAAGAGUUCUGCAAGCAAAUUGAGAGUGUAGGAGUAGACCCGUCGUCGAUAAGUGGGGUCGAAAAACUCAAGUCUCUGACUGCAGAGGCUGCUGCCAAGUCUGCAGAAAAGUCAGAGGCAGUUCUCUCAGCAUAA